UACUGGUCGACCUCAGUCUUAGCAGGACGUCCGACGAGGUAACGCGCCUAAAAUGAGUCUUUACUAUGGAUUGUACGUUAUGCUAGUUCCAGUGUUCAAACUAGUGGAAAUGGUGAUGCGUGCACUGAAACUUGACCUGGUGGCAAAAGUAUUGGAGACAAGAUUUGGAAUUUUUAUCAUUGGCCUCCAUGACAGCCGCCCAAAAGAAUCCGCACCAAAAGAUAGCGUCAGUAAAACUGAGAUUGACCACCUUUCCAAAAUGGUUAAUUUCUGGUGGGACAAGAAUGGACCGGCAAAGAUGCUCCACACAUUCUACCAAGUCAGAGUACCACUGGUGGUCGAUGGUUUGGCUGAAACGGGUCGAAUCGCCAAGGCUGACACAACCAAACCUGACUCGCUCAAAGGAGUGAGAAUUCUGGAAGCCGGCUGUGGCGGUGGUGUGCUGGCAGAAGAUCUAGCUCAGCUGGGGGCCUACGUUGUGGGUGUUGACCCCGGAAAAGACAUGAUCGAUUUGGCCAACAAGCACUUAGAGACGGAGUCGGUCGGUCUUAAGAAUCGCAUUGAAUAUCAUGCGAUCACCGUUGAAGAGCACGCUAAGAAAUUCGCCGGUACGUACGACGCGGUUGUUUGUUCCGAAGUAAUGGAACACGUAGAUGAAAAAGAAAUGAUACUGGAGGCAUGUGUUCGCUGCUUAAAGCCUGGAGGAUCACUAUUCAUAACUACCGAGAACCAGACUAUGGUGGCGUGGUUUUUCUAUAUCAUCUUAUACGAAUAUAUUCUCCGAAUUAUACCAAAAAAAUCGCAUUUUUACGAAAAAUUUGUCUCUGCCGAUACUGUUUCAGCUAUUACUAGUAAGUACGGGUGUAAGAUGCACAGAGUCCGCGGAUUCUUCUAUGAUCGCCCGGUUAACUCGUGGUAUUUCAUCGAUAAUCAAGACUGUAACUAUGGACUACACGUUGUGAAAAGAUGAUGGAUCAUAUCAUAGUUUACACAGAACGUUAGAUACGCAAACAAUGAAGCCAAAUCCACCUAUCGAGCAAAAUCAGAAUCGACAUCUGAUACAAGGAAGAUACCGAAAUAAAAUAAAAAAAUCAUUGAAUUUCGGGUAAUGUCUUUUGAAGCACAGAGAACGGUUUUCCACCUCGAGCAUUUCAGUUGUGUAAAAAUUAAUGGUCAAUUUGCAAAAAAAAUUAGAUACUCGCCCACAGAUGCGGAAAUGGCUGUACUUCAUAGAUUUCAAAUUUCAGAAAUGAGAUAUUUUCAGAAAAGUUUAAACCAUAAAAAAAUGUGGACAAACUUUAAA